AUGGGACCAGCCUGGGCCUUCAGUGUCUCCUGGAUCCGCUGCCCGCAACGUGUCUUCCUCUCUCUACACUUCUGCCUGCUACUCUCCAGUAUGGCUUUCAAAGUGUCAUAUGGCCAAGCUGUAAGAGACUCCGUGCUGGUGACCAGCGCCUUCAGCCGACCCCUGGAUCUGGGCACGCUCUACGACGCCCGGAACGACCGACUCAUACCAGGAAUCAGCCUCUGGAAGACUGAGGACUUCAACAGCAAAACACUUGUCAGUCCACGGCCCACCACAAGCUUCCAGGUGGGAGCGUCUAAGUCCCUCAGUGAGAAGACCAGUCUGUUGGACGUGAGUGCCUCAUUGAAGGCCAGUUUCCUUGGUGGGCUGUUGACGGUGGGAGGUUCUGCGAGUUAUCUCAAGCAGAGGACCUCCUCCAGUCGUCAGUGCAGUGUCACAUUGAAAUACCAUGUAACCACUGAGUUCAAAGAGCUCAUGAUAUCUGAACUAGGGACUCCAAAUCCUGAGGUCUUUGACAAGACAGAUGCUACACAUGUUGUGAGUGGGGUGCUCUAUGGGGCUGAUGCACUCAUGGAAUUCCAAGAAACAGCCAGCGAUAAUUCAAGAAGGGAGGAAAUCGAGGGAAACCUAGAUUUGAUGAUCAAAAAGAUACCAUCAUUUUCAAUCGAAGGGCAAGGAAGCCUAAAGAUGAAUGAUGAUGACAGUCGAAUGGUGCAGAACUUCAGGUGCAAAUUCUAUGGUGACAUUCAACUGAAAGAACUCCCAUCUACAUUUUUGGAGGCUAUAGAUGUGUACAAAAUGCUGCCCAGUCUGCUGGGGGAUAAAGGAGAGAAGGCUGUGCCUGUGAAGGUCUGGUUGUAUCCACUGAGCAAGCUUACUAACACUGAGUCCAAGCUGAAGAGAUUGAUCUCAGAGACACUGGUGUCAGCAGUGGAGAAGGUGAUGGAUGAUUUACACCUGGCUGAGGUGAGGACCAACGACCUGCUGAAGAGUAGCACAGAGAUCAAGGCUGAAGAAAUCGUCCAUAAACUGGAGGAGUUCCAAAGCAGGCUGAGGGUUUUCACCACUGAGUUUCUGCGGAAAUUGUCAGACCUGAUCCCAGCAAUCAGAGGAGGUGACCUGGAAGAAACAGCCCUGAGAGACCUUCUGAAGUCCCAGGAUGCAUCUGGCUUCAGUGGGAAAGAAAUGGAGCAGUGGCUGGAUGGAAAGGAGUCUGAGAUCAACGUUGUCACAAAGAUCAUAAACAAAUUACGAUAUUAUUAUCAUAUUAAGAUUAAACCUCAAGGACCUGAACUUGACUCUUUCCUCAUUGACGUAGAUGUCAAAGAUGCCGUUGUGUUCAGCUUCACCUCUCUGAGUAAUGAGGAGCCAUACCUGAAAAAAAUAUCGAAGGCAGUUGAGUACGUCAAGAGUGGUUACAACAUCAGCACACCUGAGCAAGACCGGAGAGAGGAGGUUCCCUGGUACAAGAGACCAGAUAUCUGGGAAACCCUGCACCACUCAAUCAGGAUCUUUAUCAAUGUACCUGUCAACAACAAAGUGAUCAGUUUCAUUUCAGACCCAGAGCACCCGGGAGCUUCUGUCCGCGGGUAUCGCAACGCAGCCCUGAAUAAUCCACAUUUGACACACCGACUACAACUAUGGGACUGUAAGCUCACACUGGACCCAAACACGGCGCACAAACGGCUCCUUUUGUCUGAGGGGAACAGGACGGUGACAUCGGUGCAGGAUGAGCAGCCAUAUCCGGACCACCCAGACAGAUUUGUUCAUUGGCAUAAUGUGCUGAGCAGAGAGCCUCUGGUUGGACGCUGCUACUGGGAGUUUGAGCUUGGAAGGAGGGGGGCUCGUAUGGGCGUGGCCUAUCAAAGCAUAAAGAGGAAGGGAUAUAUUUAUUCUAGCCUAAUGGGCCAGGGUGUAGAUUCCUGGUGUCUGUAUAAUUACCUUACUCACUACAACGCCUACCACAACGGGCAUAGAAGGCCCGUCCACUCCCCCACCUCAGGCUCCAAAAGAGUGGGAGUGUUACUGGACCGUAAGGCCUGCACUCUGUCCUUCUACAGCGUUUACUCUGACACACUUACACACCUGUACACGUUCUACACCAGAUUCACUGAUGAGCCCCUCUAUGCAGCAUUUAUGGUUCAUGCUGACUCCUCAGUGACUAUGCACUAG